UAGCGUGCAGACACAGACUCCAGCUCCUCCUCUUUGUGAAAAAAAGGCAACACUCAAAUUUCCCAACUUCCUGUCCUCCCACAACCUCCCCUUCCCGUUACAAGUGUGCAUCUUUGCAUGAAAACCAAAAAAAAGACACAAGUAAAGAGUAGUCUGCUGAUGAUGGAUGGAACUGAGUCAACAACAAGAGACAGAACAACAGGAAAGGAUGAGAACCAGGGUGCAGACAGCAAGGUGCUGUUUUCUGGUAAACCUCUGCAUCGUUUUGUUCGAAAAGAGCCCAGGAGUCUUGGGAUUGUCAUUGUGAUCUUUGGCUGUGCAGAGUUCCUGAUGGGAUUUCAUUUGGCCAGCGCAGAGCUGAUUAAUUCUUGUAAAAUCUACAUUCCCUUCUGGCAGGGCAUUCUGUUUCUUGUCUGUGGAAGUCUGUCCAUCUACAGUGAGAUUCAUCCAUCAAAGAAGAUGGUGACGGUGUCGUUGGCCAUGUAUGUGGUUUCCCUGCUGGGAAUUGCUGUCUCUGCUUGCUACAGGAUAGUCUGCCUCUUCACCUAUGGCUUCCGAUAUAAAGACCGCUCUGAUCCUUGGGACACUUACAGAACAGAUCAGAUUGAGGGCAUUGAGGGCAUGUUGCUUACCUCCUCUCUGUGUGUAUCAGUGAUGCUCAUCUUCCUGUGUGUCAUUGCGCGUUUAGCUCUGAGAUCCACACGCACCCAAGUUAUUGUCCAGCACAUCGUAGCACCACAGAGAGACACAACACCAAAUUGAGAUCGACUUUUUUUCUUUGUCUAAUCGAGCACUGGCUUUCCGACAGCUACCCUUUAAGUGUCAUCAUUUUGUACAGUAUCAUGUGUUGAUGUUAUACCAUUUAGAGGCAGCAGCCUUUCAGACCAACAGAAGAUCUUUUUUCCUGCACCUAAUCUCACUUUACAGCUUGAAUAACUGCAAUAAGAUGUCUAAUACUGAGCCACAUUUUUACAUAGUAAUUAAAGGAUCACACUAACCUCAUCUAAUUAUCUAACAAGGCCUUAUUACAUAUAUGCAUGUCAUACAGUUUCCUGAAAGCUAACAGAUAGUACUUACAGGUUUUCAUGUGUAUCAUAAAAGUCAGUUUAUAAAAUCUGUGACAAAUGUUAAUCAUCUAUUGUUAUGAAUAAUUCUGAAGCAAUAAUUAACAUUGUUUAAACACUGGUAAAGAUAACAGUACCCAGUGUCUCCACAACUGCCUUAAAACACCUGAAGCAUAUUUUACCUCUGCUUCACCUACAAGAAAUCAAAUUAAAUUUUUGAUCAAUGAACCUCUAUUUUCAUGUAACAGGAAUUCACAGUUGAAAUAUUUGGACAUGUGACAAACAACAUCCACCCAUAGUGUUUCCCAAAUCUAAUGUGUAUCUGUGCAUUUGCUUUUUUUUUCCAUUUACAUGAAUGGAGCUGGCAGAAAGCAUAUUGACAAUCCGUGAGAUGGGGAAAAAUCUUCAGCUUUGGGUCACUGGAUGGGGACUACAUAGAAUUGUCUUUUGCUUUGUACUGUAAUGUGAAGCACACAAUGUUUUGUGUAUUGUCUUCAAUAAAAAAAAAUAUGGUUAUCAGA